AUUUUCUGGAGAACCAAUGGGACGUUUAGUUCUCCUAGAUUGCGGAUGUAAUUGCUGUGUAAAGUUUAUUUUAACAUUAGACAAAACAAGAUUAUAGAUCAAAAUGUUGUCUGCUGAAGAAUCACCAGCAAAACAGAAAUUGAAAGGAUGGCUUAAUAGAAGCCUAAAGAUAAAAAUGACUGACGGAAGAGUGUUGAUCGGUGCAUUUUUAUGUACUGACCGUGAUGCGAAUGUUAUAUUAGGUACAUGUUCAGAAUUUCUUUCUGAAGAACACACAGUACCCAGAGUAUUAGGCUCAGUAAUGGUACCUGGUAGGCAUAUAGUAUCUAUCCAUUUGGAUGCUUAAAUGAAAAUAUAAAAUUUAUAUAUAAUACUGCAAUAAAUAUAAUUCAGAAAGUCUUGUACAGUGAUUAUGUGAAUAUUAUAUGUAUUAAAUAAUAAUAGUGUAGCAUAACUGACAAAUUCAUGUCAGAGAAGAACAGAGUAAAAAUGCAUUUGGCUAACGUUAACCCUGGUUGCCUCCAAAUUGGACCUUACCGAAUGAUGGAUACGUCCAAUCGGAUUCUGCGAAUAAAUAAAAUGUCCAGUUCGUACAUUGUGGAGCCGCAAGAAAGUGGGUCCAAAAAGGAUGAUACUUUAAUUAUCGUUGUUAACGAUGAUGGAACAAUUUCUGUUGAUCAAGAUACUCUGCAAAAUUUAAUAAUGAAUCAGUCUAAUGCAAAUGUCAGUGUUGUGAGACUGGGUCAAACUGAGGGUGACACUGGAAAUGGUGAUAUAACAUUGACAGUUGACCCACCUACAUUUAGCCAGCCAGAGUCAAGUACAUCGACUAGCAAUGCAGUAACAACAGAUUCAAGUGGUCUGGUGGACCCAUUUAUGGAAAUGGACCCAGAGCAAUUGGAAAGGUUGGAAACAGCUUUGCAAAGUGAAGAAGCUAAACAAAUCCUUGGAGAGAAUGUUACUGCUAUGCUUGAUAUGCUGACAGUAGAGGAGCAGCAAAACUCUUUGAAACACAGCAUAGAAUUAGAUCAUUGCUACACCAGCUGCCUGUCCCCAUCAGAUCCCAAACCAAAUGAUCCAUUACCUGUUGCUCAUUCCCCUGAUAUUAAUGAUAUGCAAUUUAUGCAUACGACAUCAUCUCAACCACCUUUAGAAUCUGUAUCUACAACAGUCAAGCCUAAAACAAUUACUAAAGUAGUUAAAGCACCAGGUAGGCCUCGAAAAGAUGCCAAAACAAGUAUAUCACACAUCGCAGGAACUCCCAAAUCCACAGGGAAUACAAUACCGCGAAAUAUGUUAAAUCUGGUGCAACAAGGAUCUAAUAAAGCAACGGCACGAACAAAUGAUGGAGCUGUCGACGAAGACGAUUUGUCUGAUUCUUCUGAGGAAUCUUCUGAAUUUGAGCAGCCAUCUGACAAUGACUCCGAUUUUGGACCUCGUGGACCUAGACGAGGAGGAGGUUCUGGUUUAAGAGCAAGAGGUGGACGCAAAGGUCUCACCACCAGAGGUGGUAGUAUGACUGCAACGCGUAGACGAGGUCCAAACAAGCAUAUGGAUAUAGAACAAGUGCGACGCUUGGACAUGGAGAUGGCUGCUGCCGUAGAUGCUAUGAAGAGUCCUGAAAAAGAUGACAAGUCUGAGAAAUUCAGUCCGCUGAAGACCAAAAAACAACUAAAGACACUUAGCCGAAAAAAAGAAGAUGCUUCCCUACACGGUGUAAACACCACAGAGAGUUCCGAAGUAUAUGAGAAACCUCUACAGACGACGAAUCAAGUCAAGGCAAAUUUAAUUAAUGCUAAUAUGAUCAAAGGGGAUAUGAUUCUCACUAAACCCGGCCAGGCAAAGAAUAAUCACAAGAUGAUGUUCCUUCAGAAACAAGUAGUAAUGAAAGGAGGUGAAAUAAAAAAUGUUGCUGGAAAGAAGCAGUUAGUUGUUUCAAAAAACACGUUGAAUCAGGUAAACUCAAAAAUUACUACGACUAUGAAAGAUGGAAAAUUAAUGGCGGUAUCAAUGGCCUCAAAGACGAGUGCACAAGGAGCUCCAAAAAUUGCAUCACCUCAAAUACCUACUCAACAACAACAACAACUGCAAUCACAACAAUUAGCACAGCAGCCGCAAAAGAUCGUGGCUGCUACAGUGCCGGCUAAGAUAAAGCCUGAACUGAAGAAGGAAAAGAAGAAGUCCGAGAGUUCUACUGAAUCUUUGCCAAAGAUCGAUGUUGAUCUGGUGAAGCUGGCUGAGCCAAAAACUCCUGACUCUGCUAAGAAACAUCAGAAGAAAGAACACCGAAAGUCACCAGCUCACUUGGAUGCUUUGGGACCGGCUCUGUUUUCAACUCCUGAUAUCAUUCGACGUGUCGGUUCUGGUGGUGAAUCUAAAGUCCCAGAUAGUCCUCUGACCCCUACUACGCCAACUUCAAGUAUUGGUUUUGUCUCUACUGCAAACUCAUCGAUAAAUGUCUCUACGGCGCAGAUGACUGCCAUGUUGUCCGAACAUAAAGUGGGAGUUGUUGGUUCUCUUGAUGACUCUCUGUUAUCAGAUUCGCAAAUGGAAACUGAAGAUCAUUCGGUUGGUCAAACAGGCAGUGAUGAACAGAAAUCAGAAAUGAAGGCUCCGUUGGCUGAGGAGUUACAAUCUUCUUUAGAUCCUGCUUCGAACACAACACCAGCCGAGGGUAUUACACAACCCGCAGAACAGGCAGUUGUUCCAAAUCAUAUUGUUUCUGAACAAGGUGGAAUUGAAGGCGAAGAACAUCUCCUGGCCACAUUAGAAAUGGAGGCAAAUAAACAUGAAGAGGAAUUGCUUGCAGAAGCAUUACUUCUUCAAGAAGAACUUGGUGUAGAUUUAGCUGACCAUCCUUUGGUUGAUCAAACUCCAACCGUGGCAGAGCCAUUACUGCCAGCUCCGACGUUAGUCCCUCCAGCAAUCAUAACGCAGGAUCAGGAACAGGUAAAGAAACAAGACAUCUUAUCAAUCGCAGCUACACCAUCAAUGGCUGCAGAACCUGGCAAAAGGAGUACGAAAGAUGAGAAGGAACCUAUUCAGAUUGUACGCGGUGGUCGUGUCAUAACUCUACCCCCUAUUGAAGCACCAGCAACACGCAGCAAGAGAUUGCAGGCUAAGAAUGAAUCUCCACAAAAGAAGCCAGAAGUUCUUAAGAAGAAUGACAAGUACACUAAGCAAAUGCUGUUACACCACCAAGAAUUGCAAUUGCACCAGCAGCAAUUACAAGCGGAGAAGGAGGAGAUGGAAUCAGAAAUGGAUGAAGACGACGAGGAAGAGGAUAAUUCCGAUUCCGAAGAUGAUCCUGACAGACUAUGGUGCAUUUGCAAACGACCCCAUAACAAUCGUUUUAUGAUUUGUUGUGACGUUUGUGAGGACUGGUUUCACGGGAAGUGUGUACACGUCAGUAAGGCUAUGGGGCAACAAAUGGAAGAGAAGGGAAUAGAGUGGGUUUGUCCUAAUUGUACAAAGAAAAAAGCUGAAGAGACUAAAGCCAAGUCCGUUCCACAACCUGUGACUCCAAAACAACAUAAAGCACCAGAACUAUCUGUAAAACAAUCUGUUGUGCAACAGAAUUUAUCAUCGCCAUCCACUCAGACAACAUCGUACAUUUCUGCCAGUUUGCCUUCCACGCAAAACUCUGCACCAUUUGCUGGUGUGACUCAGUGUGUCGUUUGCAAAAAGGAAGCAAGAAAUUCUAGUAUUUACUGUUCAGAUGCUUGCAUCUUGACGCAUGCACAGGAAUCAUUGACGAAGGAUAAACCGGAUAAGCCAGAUAAGCCUCCUGUACCAGUGUCAACCGCAAAAACAUUGAAGUUACCCACAUCUUCUGACUCUCCAAAAACAAAAUCUGAUCCAAGAGUCAUUGUUUUUGAAAGGAGAACUGGAAAAGUUUUAACUGGCUUAGAUGCGCCAACGACGUCAAACUUGAAAACUUGGCUUAAGGAAAAUCCUACAUUUGAGGUGGUGCGACCGAAUAACCUCAAUACGCUACAAAUAGGUGGCAAAUCAGUAACGGCUAUACAAACUCAAGGAAUGACUAAAAUUGGUAAAUCGGUGUCACAAGCCGGCGGCAAAACACAGGGCAAUCCUAAGAUGGUUUAUACAAAGGUGUUUGGUUCUAAACAAACUGUUUUAGCUCCCAGUCAUAAGAAACUCUUAGUUACAUCAGGUGCGCAGCAGCAACAAACAAACUCAUCUCCACAGACGAAGACAGUUCAAUCUAAACAGACACUGAUCACGGCCUCCUUGAAACCAGUAUCCGUGACAGCGAAGCAACAAACUAGUGGUAAAACGAUGGUACAGCAAUCAAGGUCACAGGCAGUGGCUUCCCCGAAGCCUACAUUAAGCAAAAAGCAGGAACCUAAGGCCUCCACAUCCCAACAAAAACUACCGAUGAAAUCGCCAGUAGCUAAGAAAUCUGAGCCUGAACCUAUAAGAAUAAAUAUUCGAAAAACCUUAACCGAGUUGCUUUCGAGUAGAAUAAAAGAAACACACGACCUGAAAUUAACUGAUGAAGAAAUCGGUGAAUUAGCUCUUAACAUUGAACUUGAAUUGUACAAGUUCUUUAAAGACACUGGUGCUAAGUAUAAAGCAAAAUAUCGAAGUCUUGUCUUUAAUAUAAAGGAUACGAAGAACUUGACAUUAUUUAGAAAAAUAGCUGACAGGUCUCUCACUCCUGAUGCAGUGGUAAGGUUAAGUCCUGACGAAAUGGCAAGUCAAGAAUUGGCUGAAUGGCGUGAAAAGGAAACGAAGCAUCAAUUAGAAAUGAUAAAAAAGAAUGAGUUGGAUUUAAUGGCACAAGCUAAAUCAAUUGUCGUGAAGACGCACAAAGGAGAGCAGAUUAUUGAGAACGAUGGUGGUAUAGAUCACGUGGAUCCAAAGACUCCGGUUCAGGACAUUGUGACAGCAUUGAAUAGUGGUGAAAAUAUUACCUCCACCAUAGAAGAUGAUAAGGACAAGGAUGACAAUUUAAAGUCAAAGGAUGAUAUGAAGAAACUAAAGAAUGGCGAGGAUAAAAAGAAGAAGGAUAAGGACCGCAAUAAAGAUAAACAGGAGAGGAGUCAAAGUAGGAGUAGAAGACAUCGUAGUAGGGAAAGGGAACAUAGCAAGACAAGAGAAAGAAGUAGGGACAGAAGAUCAACAAGGAAUAAAGAAAGUAAAAGAGACAAAGAUAAAGAUAGGGAACGGGAUAAGGAACGUGAGAAAGAAAAAGAUCGUGAAAGGGAUAAGGACAAAGAUAAGGAACGCGAGAAGAAGGAUAAAGUAAAAUAUAAAAAAAGUAAAAGUAAUACAUCGUCUACACGUAGUAGGGCAGGUCAUAGGGACAGUACUAAUAAGGAGAAAGACAAGAAGGAGGACGAUCGGAAGAAGGAAGCUGAGAAGAAGAAAGAACCAACUCCUCCGCCAGUUGAUAAACCAAUUGAAGAUAGACUCUGGCGACAUAUUGAAGAAGAAACGACCACAAAUACAUUAGAUGGUAAUGAAUCUGAUGUAUCCGAUCGGGAACCCAGUUCUACUGUUAAUAUUAAAACCCCAGACAUCAAUGAGGAGCCGGAACGAGAAAAGGACCCUGAGCUCGAGAAGGACAUACCAAGAGGUCCUCUGCAAACAGUCUGGCGAGGUUUUGUCAACAUGGUGGAUGUGGCAAAGUUCUUUAUCACAGCCCAAGAAAUAAGUGGCCACGCCCGUGACCUUAUGGAGGAUCUACCAGAUACCGUAGAUGUUGUUGGUAGGAUAAGUCAUGAGACUGUGUGGGAUUAUAUUUCAAAAAUGAAAAAGACAGGCUCUAAAGAGAUUCUAGUUAUUCGAUUGACGGCAGCAAAUGAUGAGGAGAAAAUACCAUACAUAACAUUGUACAGUUAUCUGAACAGUAGAAGCCGUCUAGGUGUAGUAGGAAAUGUUUCAAAGAAUAUAAAGGACUUUUAUAUAAUGCCAUUCUCUAAUCAGAGUUCCAUACCGCAAGUCCUGCUACCAUUAGAUGGUCCAGGAUUCGAGGAGCAGAGACCACAUCUUCUAUUGGGAAUUAUAGUACGUAAUAAGCGAAAACGCGUCGCAGCCAUUCCUCCUGUGGUACCAGCUAAAGUCAGCAAGAAGGAACCGGAUCGCAGUUAUACACCGCCACUGGUGAACAUUCCUAAGGAAAAGAGUAGCACAACGCCUCCAUCAUCGCCUAAGGUUCAUAAAUCAUCGACCCUCGAUGUGAUCAAGGAAAAGCAACCUGUGACGCAGAUGACCUUGGAAACAUUAAACAAAGCACAAGUGGGAAUGUCCAGAAGUAUUAUAGAUACUGCGACUAUUUCUAAGAUUGUACCGGAACUGUCAUCUAAGUUAGACUUGACGUCAUCGCCCAAGGCAACGUUAGAAGAUGAUGGAGAUGAACCAUACAGUCCGGGGGAUAUUGACGACGACAAUGUCAAUGAGGGGCUCCCAGUGGUUGUAGAUCCUGCAGUCAAUAUAUUGUCACCCACAAAGAAUUCCACAGAGUUACAGAGAAAAAUGGACGAACUUAAUAGGCAGAUUGAAGAACAGAAACAACAAAUUCAAAAUAUCAGCUCCUCAUUCCUCGGAGAGACUACUACUGCUACCCUGCCGGGUUUGGGACUAGAUCCGCCUGAGAGCAACGAUGGUGAUGAAGCCUACAGUCCGUCAGAUACUCGUUCAUUUACUCCACCACCUCCAGCUGGAAUUUCCAAGUUUACUCAACCAAUUCUCGAUAAGGUCUCAGACAUCACCAUUCCACCAAAUCUCCAGGAAAUUCUAGCCAACGUGAAGAGGCAAGAAAUUACUAAAGUGGAUCCAUAUCUUCCAUCAAAGCCUAGUGCAACCUUCCUAACUUCCGUGAAAAGCUCUAUUUAUCAGAAAUCAGAAAAGUAUCCAUCAAUAUAUCCGAAAACUCCGUCGGCAACAAGUAGACUAUCCAGCGACAAGCAACAACAACCUUCGUUCGAGUCACAACCCACUGCCUCAAAGGAAAGUAAAAGCACCUUAAGAUCAUUGAGUGACCUAGAUCUGAUUAAGAAGGCCGAAGAAGAACUAGCUGCUGUAGCUGCAGCAUCAACGAUUACACCCGACCUAACGAAACCACCACCACCAUUGCCAUCACCUUCAGUAGCAGCAAUUGUACCACCUGUAAUCCAUGUUCCUCCACCAUCUGUAUUAAUCUCGACACCACCACCGACGAUCACACCCCUGACGAAGACCUUUACCCCGAUGGUUGAUUCUGCAGAAAAAACUACAGCUUAUCAGCCUAGCACGGUAGAUCCCUUCAAAAAAGUCUUUGUUUCCGAACAACCAAAACCUCCUGGUCUCGAGGAUGAAGAGUUUCCAGCGUUCCCGUCGACGCCACCGACACUAGAGUCUAGCCUAAAAACACCACCUUCGAAAUUCGUACCUAAAAGUGGUAUUGUGUUGAGUGUAAAGCGAAAAAACGAUGAUAAUGUCGCAGCAGUACCGACUAAAACUGCAAGGACAAAAUCAAGAUGGGGCCAAGGACCUUCCGAGUGAAAAUUAUGGAACUCUUUGCUGUUUCUUUCUUUUCUCAUAAGGAUGAACAUUGCUCUUAUGAUCGUUCAAGAAACGGGGUGAACUUUGUAAUAUUGCUUGUAAUUUCUAGCUUAAAUAUUGGAGCUUUGGAUGCUACUUCGGGGAUCUCAAUUAGGAACAAUGACGGAUUAUUUCUUUAGGAAGAAUCUUGGAGAAUCCUACAAAUUAUUAAGAUGGCGAAAGAGUGAUAAGGUACCAGUGUUUUCAAAAACACAAUUUUGAGAUUCUUCGAUGAUAAAUCGACGCGCGAAGAUAAUCCUCGCGGCCAAGGAUUACUCAAAGGGACAUUAAUUUUAGAUACUUCAUUUAAAUAAUAUAAGAACUGAAUCUAAUAGGACGUAUCUUAUCACACUGAUAAGAAGGAACUAUGACGUUCGAUUAACACAAAAUUUAAAUAUUUCAAUACAACUUUUACAUUUUCUUUUAGAUCAUAACAAUCAGUCUUUGUUGCGUUCAUAUUUUUCAUUCAAGACUAAUAACAAUAUUGGGUGUGACAGUGAAGCAGGUCCAACCAGACAUCCUUAAUACAAUGUAUUAAAAAUUGAUUAGAUUUUUUAAGAAGAAUUCGAUUACCAACGUGGAGAUCAUUUUACUCUUUUUUUAAGUUUUCUUUUUCUCAUGUUGGUUAUAUCAUUUAACGCGUUUCCUAAAUUUCUCUUUAGGUGCGAUAAGCGGAUAUACAGAGUACGCAUUUGCUCCUAAUAAUAAAUUACUGUUAAUAACAGAUAAGUAUAAUAGAAAGAUCCUCUGUAAAUCAGCAUCCAAGCGCCGUAUUACUGUAAAUACCAAAGUGAGAGGCAGGAACGCAGAACACGCGUACGCAAACGAAUACCGUAUUAUGUAUAAGUGAAGAUCUCAUUGUUUGCGUUGUACAUAGCCCAAUAAAGACGUGUAAAAUAUUUUAUGAGUAAAAAAAUUAAAGGAACCAAAAUUUUUCUGGCGUUAUCGCAUCUAAGAAGCGAGAGUAGGUGGAGUGAAUCAGAAUGCAAUUGAUCUUACAUGUAACGAAUGCUUUUUUUAGAUGCAGGCUAUGUAAAUAUUAAACGAUAUUUGUAUUGGAUGUUUAUUAAAAAAAAAGAAAAAGAAUCUGGCUGUAUAUUUCCAAACGGUACUCGUGCGCAAGGCGUGUUCAAUAUUCUUAAUAUCGUCUAUUAAUUUUAUGUUCAUCCAACAGGAGAGCUUUGUCAUUUCUUUUGGGGAAAAAAAAACUAGAAAACUAAACCAUAAAACCCACCUCCUUUCUCUCCUACGUUUUAGUAACUGUUAAGCACAUGUAUUCGUCUGCGAAUGGAAAAAAAUGGAUAUAAAGUACUAAAAGUAAGGCAACACAGACGAAAUAUUCAUUAUGCGGAUAUAAUGAUACUUAUGUAAUUGGAAGUAUGUAAAGUUUAUCGUUAUAGCUUAGGACAUGUGUAUACAACUGUAAUUCUAGAAAGAACGUCGAGAAUGAAUCUUUAUGAUGACAGACCAGUGAUGGGUUUUUGUUUAAGACUAUAAUCAUAAAUUGUUUCUUCAUUGCCACUUGUGUUUAAGUUAUGAUGACGUAUUUGAAUCAUAUUGAAUUACAAAAAAAUGCUUGUCUCCAUUUUGAACGAUUAACUGCAUUGUACAUUUUCUUAGGAAUUACUAAUUAAUUAAUAUUUUCAUAUCGAAUUAUCACAUGAGGCAUAAAUACAUAUGUGGUAAAGAAAAUUCAUUUAUUUUUAUGUUCAUCCAUUUUAAUAACAAUGCCAUAAUGUUAUGUUACAAUGAAGAUAUCGCUUUUGGAAAAUUUCAUUACUUUCUGUUAACGACAGGCAUGUCAAGUCAUAGUGUAAAAUCGGAGGUGCAAAUCAUUAAGUUUUCUCAUUAGUUAGCAUAUGAUGUAUCGUUAUCAAAUAUUUUGUUGCUGUCUGCCAUUUUUUGUAUCAUUUUUAAUAUAACCAUUGUUUUGUAUGACCAAGAAAGUUAUAGUGUCACGCAGUGGCAUUGCUGAUGCAAUAACCUCGAAUUUGUAAAUUUUUACAAAAUUUAAAUCGGUACUUUAUCUCGUUCUUCGUAAUAAUUCUAGAAAAACAUUGUACGGAAAAUGUUUAAUAAAAUUGAACGGAUGAAUCUGAGAGACAAAAACUAUAAAUACACAGUAGAAUUGCAAAUUGUUAAUAUAAUCUCUCUCACUUACCUUCUAUUUAUCUAUCUUAAUCAUUCUGAAUUGAAAACUAAAUGCUGCUGGAAAAAUCUAAUUGGAAUUUAUCAAAUUGUUACUUGCAUCGGUGGUGUGUAAUGCUCAUUAAUUUGGAUGCUAUUGCAAUUUUAUAUUCGUUCGUAAAUGACGAAUUAUGUGUUUCUCCAGCGAUAGCUAUGAAAAUAUUUGUUUAUAAUUAAUUAAUACAUGAACGAUUAUCUUUUUCUCUUUUCUUUUUAAUUCAAGCUAUCCUGAUUUAGAUUCAUUCUUCCCUCAUAAAAUUCUUCCGCAUUCUCUUCGUUUUGUCUAGAUGGAUAGAGGGCGUUAAUAUUCAUUUUAAGUAAUAACUAUUUUACAUACGUACGUCGUCACAUAUUAUGCAACAAUAGUUUUCCGGUAUGUUCGGUAGUCGGCGGAGUUAGGGGAUAGAGAUAUAUUCAUACAUAGUUUUCACUGUCGUUCCGUCUAAUAACUCAUCGUAAUUAAUCCCAGACUUUAUUCACUUCAUAUUGUUGCGAACACUUCUAUAUAGAAUUGAAUAAUUUUAUUAUUGAUCCAUCAAAACAUAUCCACAAUUAAUAAUAUGAAUUCCUUAAUGAUUACAAAAGGAAACGAGCAAUGCAUUUGGUACAUACACGUGUAUAUAAUAUAUAACGAAAUAAAUAUAUAUGCAAAUUA